UGUAAAACCGUUUACCUAAACAAAACUAAUUCAUUAGGAAUAAUAUACGUGCAUGAUCAUAUGGAGCUGACACAAACUAACUAAUUUCUUCAACAAACAGUAAUCAUUCACAUUUAGUAAUAUCGAACAUGUUAAUUUAAAUCUUAAAAUUUGUGACAAAUGAUUAUUGCGAAUAUCAGUAUGAAGUAGUUUAUCUCGAAGUGAGGGUGAGAAUUAUGGAUGAGACGAAGUUGGUAGUGAAAAAACAACUUUCUCUUUUAGAAAGUAAAGUUAGUGGAGAUUUCGAUAAUGGAAGAUACAGAUACUCUCCAACUUCACCCAGUCAAUCCAGCAGACGAUCCUUCAGGCCAAAUGCUCUGAGGAACAGAAUGCGAAAGCGCGUCGUUUUCAAAAACGGCGACUGCAACAUCCUCCAAUCACGAAUCUCUAAACGUCGCCUCCGCUUCCUUCAAGACAUCUUCACCACGUUGGUCGACUCGCAAUGGAGAUGGACGCUCACCAUCUUCGCCAUAGGCUUCCUGGGCUCCUGGCUGUUAUUCGCGCUGAUCUGGUGGCUGAUCGCCUUCACUCACGGCGACCUGGAGGAUGACCAUCUGCCUCCGAAACAGGCCGAUUCGAAUUGGUCGCCGUGUGUCUUCAACAUCUAUGGGUUCACCUCCUGCUUCUUAUUCUCGAUAGAAACGCAGCAUACCAUCGGUUACGGUGUCCGAACCACCACAGAGGAAUGCCCCGAAGCCAUCUUCAUCAUGUGCCUGCAGAGCAUCGCCGGCAUGAUCAUCCAAGCCUUCAUGGUCGGCAUAGUCUUCGCCAAGAUGACGCGCCCGAAGCUGCGCACGCAGACGCUGCAGUUCUCCAAGAACGCCGUCAUCUGUCAACGCGAAGGCCAUCUCAGCCUCCUGUUCCGCGUCGGAGACAUGCGCAAGAGUCACAUCAUCGGAGCCAGCAUCCGUGCGCAGCUCAUCCGCGCCAAAAAGACCAAGGAGGGCGAGAUGCUGAACAACUUCCAAACGGAGCUCGUCGUGAACGCAGAUGGCUGUGAUGGCAACCUAUUCUUCAUCUGGCCGAUGACGAUCGCCCACAAGAUCGACGAGAAUUCGCCCUUCUUCUAUCUCUCUGCUUGCGACAUGUUGCAGGACAAAUUCGAGAUCGUGGUUAUCUUGGAGGGAACGAUAGAAAGCACCGGCCAAACCACGCAGGCUCGGUCGAGCUAUCUGGCUAGUGAAGUGUUGUGGGGUCACAGGUUCGAACCGGUCGUUUCUUAUAAUAAGGAUAGACAGGGAUACGAGGUGAACUAUUCGAAGUUCGAUAAUACCGUUGCCAUUGAUACGCCAUUGUGUUCUGGUGCGGAGCUAGCCGAAUUUUAUAGGAUACAGCAUACUCCCGACCUCGAACCGUAUCAAGUUCAAUUACUUGACCCAGUGCCCAAGAGGAAAAACAGUAGUUCUACCCCUCAAUAUUCUGUCCCUACAACCCCCAUCAAAGAUCGAAAUGAACAACUGAAUGGAAACCUACUUUCAAUGGAUACAAGUCUGGAAAUAGAUCGGCAAUUCAAAUCAUCUCCGAGUUUCCACAAGAACCAUUAUGAUAUCCCCGAGGAAAAGGAAGAUGACGAUCAAAUCCAAACCUCAUUGAUGAAAUAUAUCUAAUCUUUAUAAUAUAU